GUUCCUCCGUAGAAAUUACAAUGGUUUCGCUUUGAUCAUUCACUAUUGUUACCGUAGCUAAAAAUGCUUAUUAGCCGUCCAAUAAUUCACUUUUAAGAUGCGAAUUAGCUUCUGGAUGGGUCACUUUGUUUGCGAUCGAAAUCGCUGAACAACUGGCGAACAUAUGCACGUGUUUGCAUGGUCUUGAAUGCACUGAGGGACGUAUUGGGAUGUUGGACGACUUCUUGAACUCUACAGACAAGGGAAUGUGUAAAGCAUGGAACGUUUUAAAACGAUAGACGUUGGUGUUAUUAAUCAAAAGGAGAACAACCCAUCUCUAACUAGAGAUGGAAAGGACAGAAAUGCGCAGGAUGGCAACGCAAUUUUAAACUACGUUCCUCAGGCAGGAGUAACAAAAUCUCAGCAACCUUUAAAGGACAGGAACAUGGCAGCACAGCCACAGAUCCAAAAACCUCAUGAUCAGGUGCAACUUUUGGAGAAGUUUAGGAAACUGCGCCAGUGGCAACAACAACAACAAGAAAGUAUGUUCCGUCAACAACAGCAACAAAUGGAAACGUUGAAGAUGGAACAAAAUAAACUCCAGAGCAUCUUGGCUGCUCAGAAGAGACUUCAAGAACAGCAAACAACUUCAAGUGUGACAGUGCGCUCUCCAAACUUAGUAAAGACUUCAAGUCAGGCUGAUACUAUGAGUCCAACCACUGCACAGAGUCAUCCACAACAGAAAGCAGGGGCACAGAUGCCAAUAAAUAUGAUGACAAGAGCAGAAGCUGAAAAUAAUGAACCUAUAGGACAUCAUUCAAAUGUAUUACUUAGAUCUAUACCUACAUCUUCUGCACCACCUAUUGUAAUGAGUCAAGGAGAUUCAGAUUUCCAAAUGAGACAGUUUGGUUCUCAGCAGUAUAAUGGAACCACAGAAAAGCUUGAAGGAAGUUUAGCUUCUUUUAACAAGACAGUUUAUCCAAUGAUGUGGAACUCAUCAAAUUAUCGCCUUCCCUUGGGUACAAUUCCCCUUUCUUCUGCUCCAAAGGUUGUGCCUUUGCAAGGGCAGCCUGUGUCUGGUUCAGCAAACUCAAACAGACUCAUGCCCUAUGCAGGUAUGAACUAUAAUGGAAUGAUUGAAGUUCCUUCAAGUUCUCAGAUUCCAGUUUCAUCUCAGGAGCUAAGAGGAGUGGGGUAUAACCCUGGAAGAGACAGUCAAAGCCAUUUUGAAGUCAAUGCCAGGGAGACUAACACGGCUCUUGAGUGUAACAAAAGUCCAGGUAUGAAACAGGAACUUGAAAGAUUGUGGAGUCACCAUGCUGAGGUAAAAGGCCUGGCUGAUGCUGAUUCUCAGAUUGAUGAACAAUCUGAAGCUGAUGCUAUGAGUGGUGUUUACCCUCUCUAUGAUUCUGAACCAGAGGUGGGUGUGAAUGAGAGCGAUGAAGAAAACGAGGAAAAAGAAAUGGAUGAAGAAUCAGAAGCUGAGGAAGAAUUAGAAGAAACCAGUGAAAGGAAUGCAACAGUAAUAGAAUUAGAACCUCAUCCUGAAGAUGUGCAUGUAGAAGGAAUGAAUGAACAGAACUUGGACAAAAGCAAUACUGAAGUAGAUGAUGAAAUACCCAUCAAGCCAGGCAUAGGAGGUGCAUCCUCUGCCAAGACUUUUGAGGAACUCUUAGAACAGCAACUCAGACUUGACGAGGCUUCCAAAGCAGACACAAACACCCAAAAUGCAAGUCAAAAGCCUCAGAGAACAUUUCUAAGAAAAGGCCAAGGACUUGCAAGAUUUAAAGGAAAAUCAGCUUCAAAUAAGACAGGAGCUCAGAGUCAGGAAUCCGCUGGCCAGUUUGCAUCUGUACAGCAGAGGAAGGAAAAGAAGACUGGUAAUGCUGUGGGUAAUUCAUCUCAAGGAAAUGAUAAACAAAUUGUGACCGGUGGAGGUCUUGUGGCACAGACCAGGGUAACUCGAAAGGUGGCAUCUCGGAGUCCUCAGGUCGUGACAGCAGCAACUCAAGCAAACACAUUGAGGAAGCCACAGCAAUUCCAAGUCUCUAAUGCCCCAAAAACCAAAGUAGCUACUUCAGAAGCCCAAACAACAGCCUCCAAACUUAUGAUAAUGAAACCAAGAACUGAGGAGAGUGAUCCACCUGGUUUGCUCAAUAGUAUUGAUGCCUCAUUUCAAAUGAGAUUAAGAGAGUUGGAGGAAAAACAAGAGUUGGAAGAAGAAGAGCUGGAAGAAUUUGAGCUUUUAGAGCAAGCUGCUGCAAAUGCCUCCUUCUCAUCUAACUCCUCUGUGGUGGUCAAAGUGUUGGCUAAAGCUCGAGGAAAUGUGCCGGACAGUAAAAAAGUUAGCAGUGGACAAAGUGUUGAUAGCAGAGGUCCAGGAGGAAUUCUGAGUCCUGUUGAUACAGGUUAUGGCAGUGGAGAUGGUAAAGUAGCUUUAUCAGUUGAUGAUCCUGGAUACACAGUUAUGGAGAGUAGCAUGAAUGAACUACAGGAGAAUGAAAGCGAAGAUGAGGGCAGUGACAUUACACUACAGGAGAUGAGUUUGGACGGUGCUUUAGAACUUGAUGAAGGUCAGGAUGACAAAAGGCAAACAACUGGAGAGCAGUACAAAGUCCUAGUUCCUUUGUACCUUGAUCCAUCUUCAUCACUUGCGAUCGAGGAUGACUUCGAUGACGAGGAGGCCUGGGGUGCAAUAAAGAAGCAAGCAGGUACAGGCACUGAGAUUAUGAAGAAAAACAUGGAAGAUGAUUCGGAUUCUGAUGACGAUGACAGCGAUGUAACAAUCAGUGACAUCUUCCCUCUUGUAACCUCCACCCCGCCUGCACAUAUGAAGGGUGGUCGGCGCCAAUGGAACUCAGAGGCUGACGGCAGCGAAGGUGAUGGUUUGGUAGCGUCAACACCACCAACAUCUGCCCUGGUUACCAAGCUGUUUCCACAGAUGAAACCAAAGCAAAAAGUUACUCAGCCUCCUAGUAAACAGGCAGACAACGAAAUUCCUAAGACCCAAACCGGAAAAGAGAAGAAGGAAGAGUCUGUAGAUACAAUCCAGAGUAUGGCAGUGAGGGAAAAACUCAAAGAACUGGAAACUGAGAUUGACAAGUUUAGAACCGAAAACGCAGCUUUGGCCAAGAUGAGAACUGAAAGAGAAGAGGGCUUAAAAAAACUUCAAACUGAGAUUGCCGCAUUUGAGAAACAGAAAACAGAGGAACUUGAACGAUUAGAACAGUUCAGAGAAGAAGAACUUCGAAAGCUACGCCGUGAACGAAGAGUGUUUGAAAAAUACCAAAAAGCCGCCCGUUCAAUGCCAGACAAGAAGGAACGCGAUGAAAUCGAGAGCUUGCGUGGACAGGUAGUUGAGUUACGGGAAGAACUUAAGCAGCGUGAGUCACGUUGGUCAGCGGCGUCGACGCGUAACCGACAGAGGAUCGAGGCUCUGGAACAACAAAACAAAGAACUUCAAGAGGAAGUGAAGCUGUUAGAGCACUAUCGACUGCAACAGUGGAGAGAAGAUGAACAGGCCAAGCAGAUAAAAGAAGAAAUGGACUCAAGACCGAAAAAACCUUUACAACGAAAGACUGCCAAGACAACUGAAGAAGAAUCAGGACCCAGGCUUCCACUGCGUCACCGAUCACCUCCCUUGAGACCAGCUUUGGUUGAAGCAGUCCCCAGUUCGACUCCGGAAAAUGCUACCGUUGAUCCUGGGAACAGGCCUCUCGUUGCCAGCAUUGAUGCAAACAACAAUCAAGCCAGGACGCCUCAUCAAGAGGAAGACGCUUCAACCGAUAUCCUUUCUAAAUCAAACGAAGAGAACUCUCAAAUAAGCUCUAUGGCCAAGUCUCAAGAAGAUAUCACACAGGAAAUCCGGAAAUCUAAACGAAGCCCACGACGUAGAAGCAAGACUCCGGACAGCAGUGAAAAACUAAAAAGAAACGUCCAUUUCCAGGAUGAAGAGAAAAAUGAUCAAAGUGACCCAAGAGAAAGCGUCAGUUUAAAUGAGAGAACAACGAGACAAGAUCCUCGAGAAAUAAUGCAUCCUGAUGGAAAGGUAUAUAGUAAACGUAUCUACUAUUACUCCGACGCGCAAACAACACAUACCACUUACCCUGACGGACUGGAGGUUCUUCAGUUUCCCAGUAAACAGAUUGAAAAGCAUUACCGUGAUGGUACAAAGGAGAUCAUUUUUCCUGAUCAGACCAUUAAAUACCUAUACCCCAACGGAGCGGAGGAGUGUGUAUUUAGUGAUGGCACCAUUCAGAAAGUGAGCGUGGAAGGAGAGAGAACUAUUGAAUUUCCAAACGGACAACGAGAAACGCACACCAAGUACUAUAAAAAAAGAGAAUAUCCUGACGGCACAGUGAAGACAGUUUAUCCCGAUGGUCGUACUGAGACCCGUUACGCUACGGGACGGAUGCGGGUUAAAGAUCGGGAUGGACGGGUCCUUGUCGAUUCAUCCGGCCAGAACAGAUGACAGUCGCUGCAAAUAGGGAGGACAAUUCUUACACUGUAAAAAAGGGGUAGAUGAAAGAAAGCAAGAAAAUGAUAUAACAAGACAACUCGAUGGAUUUCCUUAUUUUUGUAUUGCUCCCAAAGAUGAGAAGUAACGGCUUUGGUGAAUGCGUGGCCGGUUUUUUGUGAUAAGUCUGUAAAAAAUAAUAAUUUAUCAAAUCUUUCAAGUAAGAAGGGUAAAAAAUACGAUUUGUCCAGAUUGACAAUGUGUACAUGCAUGUGUGAAUAAAAGUAAUGUGAUUUUCAGGCUUUACUUUAUACAAAAGCUUGACCAACGAGUUUUGGUAAUAUUUGAGAGUGUUUUUUCCAAGUGUAAAUUUGAAGUCUCUAUAAACGUCUGUAGACCCGUAAAACACUGACAAGAGAGAUCAGCUAUCUAA